AUGAAUCCCAAGGACGACAAAUUAAAGGAGCAUUUUACGAUUGAGCAGAAUAAAGUUAACAAGCUGAUCAAACGACUAAAAAAACAAUAUUACCUCAAUGCUUUUGAGAAUUGCAGGAGGAAACCUAAGAAGAUAUUCAAACCGUGUACAUCGUUGGAGGUCUUGAAAAUAAUUAAUAAUUUGGACAGUAAUUCAAGCUCUGGUAUCGACCAAAUAAAUACUAAAACACUAAAAUGCAUAAAAGAUUUAAUAGUGGAUGAAUUAGUCGCUUGUAUAAAUAAGUGCUUAGAUGAAGGAUCUUUUCCUGAUAGCCUAAAAAUAGCUAAAGUUAGUCCCAUUUAUAAGUCUGACCUAAAAACUGACCCAAGUAACUAUAGGCCUAUAUCAGUUUUACCAGUCCUCUCUAAAAUAUUUGAAAAGAUACUUUACACGCGAAUAUAUCAACAUCUAAAUGACAUUGACUAUCUCUCUAAAAAACAAUAUGGAUUUAGGCCGAAGUCGAAUACUUUAGCAGCUACCAUUGACUUAGUUAGUAAUAUAAAAAGUGCUAUUGAUAAAAAACAGGUGGCCGUAGGCAUAUUCAUUGACAUCAAAAAAGCAUUUGACGCGAUUUUGAAACCCUCCAAGAGAAAUAAAGACCGAUCCCCCUUAUUACCGAUGACCUUUAGCGCGAAAUUACGGACACAGAUUGGAUGUUGGAAUGUCAGAACCAUGACUCAACCUGAAAGGCUUCCGCAGGUAGCCAAAAUCAUGCGGGACUACAGCAUUCAUAUCCUAGGAUUAAGCGAAACGAGAUGGAACGGAUUUGGUGAAAUAACAUCUGAUUUUGACUCGACCCUUCUGUAUAGUGGAAAAGAGGAUGAGAACGCAACUCGGGAGUACGGCGCGGGGCUGGUCCUAAGCCGUAGCGUGAAGAACAGCCUUCUGUCCUGGAAUCCGAUAUCGGAACGAAUCAUCACAGCUCGGUUCUCAUCUAGAGUCAGAAAAAUCACUGUGAUCCAAUGUUACGCCCCAACUAACUCGGCAUUGCCGGAUGAAAAGGAGAGUUUUUAUGAGCAGGUGGAGUCGACCUUGAAGAGCACAAAGAAGCAGGAUAUAGUAAUCCUGAUGGGAGACCUGAAUGCCAAGAUGGGCUCAGACAACGAGGAUCGAGAGCAUUACAUGGGACGCGAAGGGGCCGCCGGAGUAAUAAACGAAAACGGAGAACUCUUCGGCGACCUGUGCUCUGCGCAAGAUCUGGUGAUCGGAGGAACCCUGUUCAAGCACAAGGAGUGCGACAAAAUCACCUGGAUUUCUCUUGAUGGUGUGACCCAAAACCAGAUCGAUCAUAUUUCAAUAAGCAGAGCAUGGAGAACAUCGCUACUCGAUGUUAGGAACCGUCGCGGCGCAGAUGCAGAUAGCGAUCACCAUCUUGUUGUUGCUGAUGUACGUCUCAGGAUGGCGGCAGCUCGACGUAAGGUUGAGAAGGCAUCCAAAAAGUUCAAUUUGCAGUUCCUGAGGAGCGAAGAGGGAAGAAAGGAGUUUAGUAUCUGCCUUCGCAACCAAUUUGAACUUUUGAAAGACCUGGAAGACGAGGACAUGGACGAAGCUUGGGAGCAUAUGCGUACUGCCUUCACUAAAGCCGGCGAAAAAGCCCUGGGCUAUAAACACUCCAAACAAGAACAUUGGAUGUCCCAUGAGCUGUGGUCUGCAAAAAGGCAAAAUAUAAAGCUGGACGUGCUGGCCGCCCUCGAUGAAGAGUACGCAGCCAUGCGCCUCCAGAUUCGUAAAUUGGCUAGACGUGACAUACGACGCGCCGCCGACGAGCUAGCCGACCGGGCCAACGCAGCAGCCAAGGUAUUAAACAUGAGGGAGUUGUACGACGUCACUAAACGUUUGUGCAACAAGUCACGUCCCUCCAAAAAGCCGCUAAAGGACGCCACGGGACAGCUGCUUUGUACUACAGAGGAGCAACUUAAACGAUGGACCGAGCACUUCUCCAACCUAUUAACCCAAUGCCAAACUCAACCGACGACUGUUCCGAACAGUCCAGGACCACUCCUGAAUCUGCCAACGACUCCACCUACAUACGCAGAAGUAGUCGCUGCCAUCAAACACCAUUGA